AUGGAGUACCAGAGGUAUCUUGAGCUUGUAGAUCUUCACGGAUUCCCUCACAAGUUCCUAUCGGACCACCCGGGUUUCCAGCGUGCUAGGAUAUUCGACGAGGCUCAGAUGGGCCAGCGUUCAAUGUUUCAUCAUGUAGCGGUGUGUGCAGCUGAUGUCAGCAUGAGCCUGGCGGCCGGCGUCUCGUGGGAAAAUACUCUUGGAGAUCACGCCGCAGUAGCCGUGCAGCUGUUCGGCCGCGCCCGAAGGGCGCCGAGGAUGUCGAGGCCAACGUGGACAACCAGGAUUUGGAGCCAGACUCCUAGCUUGGCAGAGGAGACGUUCCCAAUCGCCUUGGAGCUGGUUCGGGUUUCGGUCUCCCUGGGGCUCUCGGGCCGCGAGGUGCGAGGACACAUUCUGGAUGACGACUUGAGCUAUGCGAGUUGGUCUCGACAUUUCGCGGGCCCGGCAGAGGCAUCCCAACACAUGGACUCUGCUGCAACUCGGCGGGCCACAUUAGAGCCCUUCUGGACUUAG